UUUACAUUGAAAAGCACUGUAAAAAAGGCUAUCGUAUUUGUAAUUUGUAGUUAUACAAAAAUGUACUGGUGAAAAAAUAAAGAAAAUAAGCCCCACAAGAGCUUAAACUAAUACAUUUGGUGAAAAUUAAUAUCAGAUGAUUAAAAGUUCUAUGCAUUAGCAAACACUUUCCCCAGCAAUAGGAACAGUACAAAGCAGUUGGGAAUAGUUUGCGUUUGUUGCGGCCAUAUUUGUGAGCUCCGAAUUUAGCUUGAGAGUUUGCUUCAAGGGGAGUGCAUCUAGUAGAAUCCUUCAUUGUACAAUCUGCGCAUGCCAAGCGGUCUAAUUUUAUUGGAUCGAAGGACUUUACCCUGUUAAGGAGUUAAAAGGCUCUGGUUGCAGAAUAGUGGAAGUGGCUUUUUUUAUAAUAAGGCACCCAGAGCAAGCGCCGCCGCUUUUCAUUUGUUGCAAGCAUAAAGGAUCCUAAAGAGAUGGAUGAACAAGAGGAAGUUCAACAAAAUAUGAUAUCGAAUUUACCAUUAUUGUUCGCUAAUGGCUAUCCAACAUCAUUGGAAAAAAUAACAGAGUCACAACUUGAAAAAUUCAUACCAUUUAUGGUACGUUGUUCGCUUGGUCACAUAAACUUUCAAGAAAAAACAGACUGCAGCGAACCGGAGUGGUGGCCUGAAGAUUUUCCAUUCACCAUACCAUUUACGAAGCCGAAAAAAUUUACUGGCAAUUGGGCGCAAAAAAUGAAGGAAAUAAUUAUAAUAUGCUAUCAAUUUCAUAGAAGCGUUUUUCUGCUUCGCUUCUGCAACGAUUUAGCAGCCUAUGAGCAUGCGAGUCUGCGCUUUAUAAACAACUACAAUUCGACAACAUCACUCUUUGAACGACGUAGCAAUAAAUUGUUGGUGACAUUUAGAAAUGAAAAUAUGUCAUAUGAUCAACCGCAACGCAGUCGGAAAUGUUUGAUGCGUCAAAAGUCAAAAAGUGGCAAUCAAGAGAGAUCGGAUGCCGAACAAAUAAUGGUCGAACCAGCACCAUUCGAUAUUUAUUUAUGCGACAAUUGCGAUGCUGAACUGUAUUCGAAAGAAGCUAUUUCGGAACAUGAAAAGACUUGCAACGUGGAGGACGACGAUGACGAUGUCAUUUUAUGUGAUACACCUGAACCUAGCGAAAACACUGUGCAGUCGACAGAUUCGAAACGAAAUACAGAAGACAAUGAGCUACGUAAUGGAUUCCUACUUAAUUUUAACCUGCAAUGCCGUGACGAUAACAAAAAUGGUAAAGUUCCAAGCAAGAAUGAAGCGUUAGGUGCGUCAAAGGAAACUAAAGACGAGAAAAGCGGAUUCAUGAUUAUUGAUAAAAACAAACGUAUGCCACGACGAAAUCGUGCUGUACAUUCGUUAGCACGUUGUGCCACAAUACCGUUGUCAUCGCCUGCCGGACAACUACUAUUGCGUACUACAAAAACUGCCAUGACACCAGAAUAUUUAUCGGAGCGACUUGAACGCGUAGAGCGUUUCUGUUUUGCGCCCUUACUCUCAAAAUCCCAAACGAAACCGAAAUAUUUUGAGAAAAAGCACACAUUCACCAAUACACAUUGUACAUUUAAAAAGCCACAAGACUAUAGUUCGCAUGUCUAUGUAUUUCCACGUCGGCAAUUCUCACAACGAAGACGUACUGAAAGUUUUCUAUUCUUAAAUUCUUCACUAAUAAGACGCUGCCGUCCAAUUUCGGUGCGGCUAAAGAAAAUUACCGAUAACGAGGUGAAAACCCGACGCUCAUUACCAAAUACGAAAUUAAAUAUCAAACUAACACGUGAUGCUACACGACGUUCCAAUUGGAAAAUCUCGUCACCAUCAACCGAAAUAAUAGUGGAUACAAUAGAUUUGUGUUCAUCGGAUGAGGAAGAAUGUCGUAUUAGGAGUAGCGGCGAUUGUAUUAGUAGUAAUGAUAGUAGGAAAACACAUGUUCUACAAAGAUAUAGCGAACCUGGCCCUAGCAUUGAAAUAACACGCCAAACGCUAGCAACAUUCACCAGCAAUAAUAUCGCCACCAAAACCGCCGCAAAAAGUGCACUAACAAUUACUAGUGGCAAUGGUAAAAAGUUAAGUCUCAAAGAAAUUUCAUUAUUUCCCAUACGCAAAUCGACGCGUACCAAUGGACCGGCUAAAGGACCAGAUAAGCCCCCAAUACGCGCUACAGCAAUUGCCAGCACACGUUUAUCUUUGACACACACCUCAAAUCUAGCUGUGAAUAGUUCCUCAACGGCAGCCACAACCCAAGCGCUAACCGCACCGGCCAUCAGCGAUGAGAGUAAAAAAUCUUCCACUAUCGACAUAAAUGCACUACUAAAUCCAAUACCUACUGCAAUAUUCGCCACCUCAACGGAUAAUAGUAUUUCAUUACCAAAACCAUUGCAACCGUCAGUUUAUAUAUUUUCAAAUUAUGCCGCUAACGCAUUGACCUCAACAGUGCCAACAACAAAUAAUGAUAUUACAACAACGAACGCUGGUAAUACAUUUAGAAACCAAAAUCAGGAAAAUCAUGCACAAAAUGGCACCACCACAGCUGCAGGGCUUGUUGUCAAACAUCAAAUAACCAAUAAUAGUGCAACACCAACACUAACACCCGACUGGUAUCCCGAAUUGAAUGCGUUAGCGACAAGCACCAAUACAAAUUUAAGCAAUUCGAAACAAACACACCUGGCGGAACGCGAACGUGCGCGUAGCCUGUCUUUAGUUUCGCCAAGUCGUGUUAUAUCAAUUGAUCUGACCUCUUAAUUUUGUAUGCUAAUAAGUAACUUUUUAUUGCUAUUAUUACAAUAAUUAAUAUGAUUGCUAUACAUUUAUACAAAAGCUAGUUUAAAUUUAUCUAUCGCUCACAUUAAAAUUAUUAUCAAAAGAGUGUUUCAAGACCUAAUCACACACACACACACUUUGAUAGUUUGUAUGUAUGUACGUACAUAAGGCUAUAUUGUUGAAAUGUACCUUGUACUACAUGCUUGUAUAUUAGAGUGUCCGUUAUUU